AUGACGCGCGUCGCGUUAUCGCUAGCGCUGACGAUAUCCCUGCUCGCGGCCGUCGCGGCGACGUCGACCUACGAUGACGUCGCGGAGGCGUCCCGUUAUCUUCGAACCUACGGCUUUCUGGAGAACGAGGAGAAUCAUCAGCAGUCGUCGCUACUGGACAACGCGACCGCCCUGAGCGAAGCGCUGUCGUUGUUUCAGGAAUACUACGGUCUGCCGGGAAACGGCGUUCUGACCGUGGAAACGAUUCGCGUCAUGCGCAGGCCGCGAUGCGGCGUCGCGGACAUUCGCGCCUACAGCCCGUUGACGAGAAAGUGGCCGAGGGCGCAUCUCACGUGGAACUUCAAACUAGCGAACAGAGAUACUCUGCGCACGACUCAGAGCGCGUUCGCUCUGUGGUCCGAGCAAUCCGCUCUGACGUUCUCGCGCGACUCGCUGCGCCCCGAUAUACUGAUAUCCUAUCAAUCCGGCGCUCACGCGUACGAGAACAGCGACAACGGGGGCUCGUGCCCGUCGCCGUUCGCGGGACCGGGAUCGGUCGUCGCUCACGCGUUCUUUCCGACGGGAGAGCCCGAUCAGGUGACCGAGGUGCACGUCGACGAGACGGAGCCGUGGCACAUCACGCUGACCAAGCCCUCGUCGGACAGGCUGUAUCUCCUUCAGACGCUGACGCACGAGAUCGGUCACACUCUGGGUCUGACUCACAGUACGAGGGAUGACUCGGUCAUGUACGCGUACACGCCUUCGGAGGAAAGGCGAUAUCCGCUCAGGCUGAGCGUAGAGGACGUCGUAAACGUGCGAAAUCUCUACGGAUCGAGAGAGACGACGACUCCUAGGAUCGUCGACGUCACUCGACCGCCGACCGCGGCGACGACCGCGACGACGACGACGAGAACGACGACGACGACGGCGGCCUCGAGGACGAUGACGGCGGCCGCGGCUCAGCCGACGACCGCGAGAACGGUCGAGCCGCCGCUCGUUCCCUCAGAUACCACGGAUCUAUGCGCCUUGAAGCGCGUAGACGGAGCGCUAAUCAUGAAUCGUCGCCUGUACGUCGCGCGUAAACGCAACGUGUGGCCCGUCGAUAUGAGGGAGAGACGCUACGGAGCGCCCUUCUCGUUCGCCGACUACUUUAAAUUCCUCCCCCGCAAUCUCACUCGCGUAUCGGCCGUGUAUCAGAGACCGCCGGGCGAUAUCGCGAUAUUCGUCGGCGACUACGUCUACCUCGCCGAUUCGAAUUUUCAUCUUAAAGCGGGAUGGCCUAGAUCCGUCGAAUACGUCGGAUUUCCCCGCGACGCUAGGAUAAACGCCGCGAUAAACACGCACGCCGGGCGCAGUUACGUCAUAUACAACGACGAUAAGAUAGCCGAGAUGAACGACUGCGCGAUGACCGUCGCGAGGCACGGCGCUCUGCGGGACACGUUUUCCGGGAUACCACCCGCGAUAACGGCCGCCUUCCGUCACGUCGACGGUAAUCUCUAUUUUCUGAAGAAACGCGACUAUUACGCGUACAGCGAGUUCCUCGACGCGAUAAUCUCGGCCGGUCCCUUCGAUCUUAGCAUACUGGGAAUAGAAUGCCCAGCCGAUGGCAUUCUGCAUCGAUUGAGCGAACUCGUCUCCAAGCUGUAUCGCCUGGAAUACGCGUCCUUCGAAAGACCGCGCAACGGCGGCGACGACGACGACGACGACGAUGACUAA